CCCGGCCCGGCCCGAGCCUCAGCGCCGCCAGCCCGACUCCGGGCCGCCCCUUUCUUUCUCUCCGCUUCUCCGGCUCCGGGCGCAGAAACCCGAUCACCAGGAAGACCCUACUCUGUUCAAUAAGAGGAGCCUGGCAGGUGAAUCUCCGACAGUAGGACAAGAGUAUUGAUGGAUUUGAAGCCAGUUCCCAAAGCUGUUCAGAAUCCUGGGGAAAUCACUUGUUCUUCUCUGCAUUUAUAGGGCCAGGUUGUUUCUGAUGCAGUUGAGAAAAAUGCAGACCAUCAAAAAGGAGCAGGCAUCUCUGGAUACCACCAGCCCCGGGGACAAAGGGAUGGUACUGAGUUCUGCCUUAACUGAAGCCACGGAGGACCUGGCCACAGGCGAAGAGCUGCUUCUGAACGAAGGCAGCGUGGGGAAGAACAAAUCUUCCGCCUGUCGGAGGAAGCGGGAAUUCAUUCCCGAUGAGAAGAAAGAUGCUAUGUACUGGGAAAAAAGGCGGAAAAACAAUGAAGCGGCCAAGAGAUCUCGGGAGAAGCGCCGGCUCAAUGACCUGGUCUUAGAGAACAAACUAAUUGCGCUGGGAGAAGAAAACGCCACUUUAAAAGCAGAACUGCUUUCCCUGAAAUUAAAGUUUGGUUUGAUUAGCUCCACGGCGUAUGCUCAAGAGAUUCAGAAACUCAGUAAUUCUCCAGCCGUCUACUUUCAAGACUACCAGACUUCCAAGGGCACCGUGGGCUCCUUUGUGGAGGAGCACGAACCCUCCGUCGUGUCCAGCAGUUGCAUUUCUGUCAUCAAGCACUCUCCGCAGAGCUCUCUGUCCGACGUGUCCGAGGUGUCCUCCGUGGAACACACGCAGGAGAGCCCUGGGCAGGGCAGCUGCAGAAGUCCUGAAAACAAGUUCCACGCCAUCAAGCGAGAGCCCAUGGAGCUCGACAACUAUGCAAGGGAGCCCAGAGAUGACCGGGGCCCCUAUGCAGCCUCCGUCUAUCACAACUAUCUGGGGAGUUCUUUUUCUGGCUACUCGCACUCUCCACCUCUCCUGCAAGUCAACAGAUCCUCCAGCAACUCUCCCAGAACUUCAGAAGCCGACGACGGUGUCGUGGGCAAGUCCUCCGACGGGGAGGACGAGCAGCAGGUUCCCAAGGGCCCCAUCCAUUCUCCAGUGGAACUGAAACGUGGGCAUGCGACCGUGGUGAAAGUCCCCGAAGUGAACUCCUCUGCCUUGCCGCACAAGCUUCGGAUCAAAGCCAAAGCCAUGCAGAUCAAAGUCGAAGCCUUCGAUAAUGAUUUCGAGGCCACACAAAAACUUUCCUCGCCCGUCGACAUGACGUCGAAAAGACAUUUUGAACUUGAAAAGCAUAGUCCCCGGAGUAUGGUACAUUCUUCCCUCACGCCUUUCUCAGUGCAAGUGACAAACAUUCAAGAUUGGUCCCUCAGAUCGGAACACUGGCAUCCCAAAGAACUGAGUGGCAAAACUCAGAAUGGUUUCAAAACUGGAGUGGUGGAAAUUAAAGACAGUGGCUACAAAGUUUCCGAUGCGGAGAAUUUGUACUUGAAGCAGGGGAUAGCAAACUUAUCUGCAGAGGUGGUCUCACUUAAGAGACUCAUAGCCACACAACCAAUCUCUGCUUCAGACUCCGGGUAAAUUACUACUGACUAAGAGCUGGACAUUUAGGAAGCUGUCAUUUGCAAUAGAUGAAUAUGUUUUUGUAUGAUACAGAGUUUUCACUGGACUCGUGUUGUCAUUUCACUGUCCUGUGCACAUGUUGUCUGCUGGGCGUCUUUGUGUGCACAAACUAUGAUGAAGAUGAGGUUAUGUUCUCACCCUUCCCUGUGUAUAGUCACAUAGUCCACACGAAGGCUGUAUAUAUCGGACAUUAUUUUUGUUGUUCUAUUAUAAAGCGUGUAAGUUGCCAGUUUCAAUAAAGGAUUGGUGACAACACAGACA